CUCCUGCUGGUGAUCGUCUGCGUGGCGCUGCUCCUGGACAACAUGCUCUACAUGGUGAUCGUGCCCAUCAUCCCCCACUACUUAGCCACCCUCGACGGCGGCGGCGGCGCGCCCGCGGCGGGGCAGGGCGGGGGCACCAGCAGCGCGGCCGCGGCGGGCUGGCCCGGCAACGCCAGCAGGAGCUCCCGGGUGUUCCCGCUCGUGCCGCCCGGCAACCACGACAUCAAGAUCGGGGUGCUGUUCGCCUCCAAGGCCAUCCUGCAGCUGCUGGUCAACCCGCUGAGCGGCACCUUCAUCGACCGCAUGGGCUACGUGCUGCCGCUGCUGAUCGGGCUGCUGGUGAUGUUCCUCUCCACCCUCAUCUUCGCCUUCGCCGAGAGCUACGGCACGCUCUUCGCCGCCCGCAGCCUGCAGGGCCUGGGCUCGGCCUUCGCCGACACCUCGGGCAUCGCCCUCAUCGCGGACAGGCACCCCGAGGAGCAGGAGCGCAACCGCGCCCUGGGCCUGGCCCUGGCCUUCAUCUCCUUCGGCAGCCUGGUGGCGCCCCCGUUCGGCGGCAUCCUCUACCGGGUCGCCGGGAAGGAGUCGCCCUUCCUGGUGCUGGCCUCCAUCUCCCUCCUGGAUGGGCUGCUGCUGCUGGUGGUCAUCAAGCCCUUUGCAGACAGUACUCGGGAGAACAUGCCCGUGGGCGCCCCCAUCCACCGGCUGAUGAUCGACCCCUACAUCGCCGUGGUGGCCGGGGCCCUCACUACCUGCAACAUCCCCCUGGCCUUCCUGGAGCCCACCAUUGCCAUCUGGAUGAACAGUACUAUGAACGCCAACGAGUGGCAGAUGGGCCUGACGUGGCUGCCAGCCUUCUUCCCCCACGUCCUGGGCGUCUUCAUCACAGUCAAGCUGGCUGACAAGUACCCCCACCUGCAGUGGUUUUACGGGGCGCUGGGCUUGGUCAUCAUUGGGGCCAGCUCCUGCACGGUGCCUGCUUGCCGGAACUUUGGCCAGCUCAUGAUCCCCUUGUGUGGCAUCUGCUUCGGCAUUGCCCUGGUUGACACGGCCCUGCUGCCCACCCUUGCCUUCCUGGUAGAUGUGCGCCAUGUGUCAGUCUAUGGUAGCGUCUAUGCCAUUGCCGACAUCUCCUACUCAGUGGCCUAUGCCCUGGGGCCCAUUGUGGCUGGAGAGAUUGUCCACUCCUUCGGCUUUAUCCAACUCAGCUUGGGCAUGGGCCUUGCUAAUGUCCUCUAUGCCCCAGUCCUGCUAGUCCUCAAAAACAUUUGCCAGAUGAAGCCCUCCCACUCCGAGAGGAACAUCCUUCUUGAUGAGGGGCCCAAAGGACUCUAUGAUACCAUCAAGAUGGAGGAACGCAAAGGCAGGGGUAGAAAUCUCCACCCUGUAGUGGAUUUUGAAGGGAAUAGUGUAGAAGCUUACCACAGAGACUUUAAAGGGGUUUCUGAGGAUGAUUCAUCAGACUAUGACUAUACUUAGAGCCCCAUAGGAAGAUGGAGAGCGUCUGGGCUAUUACCUUCAUGCUCCGAUGUGCUACACAUUAACCUUUACCUAAGUGUGACAGUCUUCUUCUUCUCUCUCGCCCCUUCUCUUCCUCUCAAGUUAUGACCUGAACCACCCUACUGAGAUUAAAGUUCCAAAUAACUGCAUAGCGUAUUUGUAUAGACGUUUUGGUCCUUUCUCGUUAACAGAAGCGAGGUAUGCCCCCCCGAUGCUUUCGAAUGAGCGGUUCUGCCAAGAGGUCUGGGGGGAGCAAUGUUGUGUGUGACUUAAGACUGGUUCACACAUGCAUGUAGGUAUCCCUUGAUUUGGUUUGGUUUUCCAUUUCAUUUCAUUUUGGUUUGUUCGUUUUCAUGCCCAGUAACGCUAUGCUUUGAAGGGAGCCUCCAUUGGCAUGCAUUAUCUAUACUUGAUUAAAAUAUACCGAAGUAGUAACUCAUGAGGCGUAUGUGUCCUGUCCCCUUUGUUCGCUGUGCAUGUAUGAGGUGAUCUGAAUGUCUUGUCUGUGACAUUUGGUUUGGGCGUGUUGUCACUAGAGAUACUGCAGUUAUGCAUGUGUGAACCAGCUUCUCCUCUACAAGAUGCUUCAAGAGAUACAUCCAGGGACUCCAUAAAUAUUGUACAUUUAUAGACAGGUCUCUACCUGGAAAUUUUCCAUCCGGUUCUUGUUUUAAGGCCAGCAAUGGAAAUCACGUUAUGUUAUGUCUCCUCUGGAGAAAAACGAGACACAAUGGUAACCUCUUUUUAUUGAUUUAUUUGUUCAUUUAUUUAUUUAUUUCCUGUUGUGCUGCUAUUCUGGUAAAUGAAAUAUGCCAUACCAUGUUCUAGACUGAACCUGUUACAUUAAUAUGGGUGUGAAUAAAUUAUGUUCCAAGGAA